CUCAUUUCCCAAGUAUUUAAUAUUUCUCGUUUUGAAGGAAAAUUAUUGAUAUGCUUCAUUAUUAUUUACAAUUACUGUCCAUUUUACUCUUUAUUUGCUCUCGUGACUUUUUUAUUUUUUAAAUAUUUCAUUUACCGUAUAACCUGUAUUAAUUGCCCUCCCUCAAAUAAUUACCCCACCUCUAUUAGUUACUCCGUCUAGCGAGAGGUUGAAACAAUAAUUACCCCCCAACAAAUGCCCUAAAACACGUUCAAAUCUAAAACCUCAUAUAAUUACCCUCCUUCUAUUAAUUACUCCCUCCAGGGGAAGGUCGAAACAAUAAUUACCCAGGGUAGUUAUUAAAGGAUAUACGGUAAUUUAUUUAUUUUACUAGCAAUGACUAAAGGGGAUAGUUCCGGAGGUGAUGGAGGCAAUGUUGGAAUGGCCGGUGGUAGAGUGCCACAAGACGUUAACAAGGAUGAUAUUAAGCAAUUGGCUACCAAAGGCCUAACAAAAAUAAAUCAACAAUCCAAUUCUGCCCAUCAUUUUGGAUUGGCAAAAAUUGUAAAAGCAGAAAGUCAAGUAGUUUCUGGUCUUUUAUAUAUUCUUACUUUACGUGUUGGAAAAACUGACUGUCUUAAAACUCAAGUAAAUUCUGAUAAUUUGUCUGAAUGCAAUAAAUAUACUGGAGAUUUGGACAAAACACAGGCAAGAAGAUAAAUAAAUAUAAAAAUAUUUAUACAAUUAAAAUUUGGCAGCAGCCAUGGAAAAAUUCUGAAGAAGUAACAAUUACUGAAGGCGAAG